GUUAACUGAACUGUUAUUUGAAGAAUUUGUUUUGGCCAAGCUAUUUCAAGAUUGAAAUAGGCCGGUCUGAUCUUCCCCUCCUCAAGUAUCAAACUCUUCUUUUCCAUUCAUCUACACACAGCUUUUGCAUUACCCUGCAUAUAAUGUGCAUCCGGAGCAUCUUCACUCUUGUCACAAUUCUUAUAGUCAUCUCGACAGUCAAUGGCCGGUCUGUGCCAGGUCAUUCUUUAAGGCUAAUUUCAGAUGGCGUUGAUCGAGGCCAUGAUCAGCAUAAUGAACCUCCUAAAUUGCUUCUUCUCAAAGGAACAGCUGGUGCUUGGGACGAUGAGGUUGAACUUUGUGAGCAGAUGUAUGGAUUUUUGCCAUGCUCGUACAGCACAGCAGGUCACCUUUUCUUGAUAUUGGUUUACGAGUAUCUGCUGUUUCAUGGGGAGUCCUACGUUGCUUCUGCGAGCGAGCAGAUAUUUAACAUGCUCGGUCCUGGAAUAUUUGGUGCCAGUGCAUUCCAUGUCCUUGGUGCUCUACCAGAGGCCUUAAUACUUUUAGCAUCCGGACUUCUAAACAGCGAAGAGGUGGCUCAGGAAUAUGUCGUGACCGGUGUUGGCUUGCUGGCCGGAUCCUCAAUCCUGCUUCUGACAUUGUUAUGGGGAACUUGCAUCCUCCUUGGCAGCAGAGAGUUCUCUGAUGGAAGGGAGUCCAACCCUUCAAAUUCAAGCAAAGUUUCAUUGAAGAAGUUCAUAUCUACCUUCAAAGGCUCUGGUAUCAUCACUGAUUUGGAGACUAGCUAUACUGCCAGGAUAAUGGUAUUCUCAGCAAUACCAUUCAUCAUGAUACAAAUCCCGGAAAUUUUCUCGAUAUCUUCAGCUCAACGAAUUGUGAUCCUGUGUACUCUUGCUGUUUCAGUUAUGUUGCUGCUCUUAUACUUCUUCUAUCAGAUAUUUCAGCCGUGGAUUCAAAAGAGAAGACUCGAGUAUGUGAAACAUGUGCACCUAAUACCUCGAAUCAUACAACAUCUCCAACGUAAAGCGUCAGAAAGACUUCUCACAGAGGAUGGAGCACCAAAUCUCCGUGCUAUAAGGAGGCUAUUUGAAGAUAUCGAUCACGAUGGGGACGAUGCUUUAUCUCCAUCAGAAUUAAAAGAGCUGUUGCUAGAAAUCAAGUUCAAAAAUGUGCACGUGGACAAAGAUGAAGCGGUAGAUGAAGUUAUAAAGGAAUUUGACAUUGACAGUGACCAAAGGAUAGGCAAAGAUGAAUUCGUCGAUGGAUUCACAAAAUGGCUCACAAAGGCAAAGGUUGCGAUUGACAAGCAACCUGACAUGAAAAAAUCUUUUAUGGACUCGUAUCAGAGGAAAAAGGAAGAACGCAAAUUGAAAAAGCAAAAAGUCGCAGAAAUUCUCGGGCAUGUACAGACCAAGUCCAUCGAAACCCUAUUCAGGGAAAAUGGCACACCUGAUCUACCUGCAAUUAGAAGAUUAUACGAACAGUUUGAUCGCAGUGGAGACAAUACCAUAUCACAAUCUGAGCUGAAGGAACUAAUAACAGGCGUCAAAUUUGGUGACACGCCUUUUGACAUGGAUGAAGUAGUUUUAAAGGUAAUCGAGAUUUUUGACAGAAGCGGAGACGGCCAGAUAAAUGAGGAGGAAUUCAUUGCCGGAUUGGUAGGCAUUAAGAACCAAGCGUCUAAGUCAAACACCAGUCUAGAUGAUUUCUACCAAGAAACUUGGGAAGAAACUGACAAGGUGGUGGAUGAGGAAAAAGGAAAAGGCCAUGAAGAGAAAUCAUGGCAGAUUUGGGUCGAGUCUUUAUUGUCGUUGUUGCUCGGUGUUUUCAUAUCAGCGGUCCUUGCAGACCCUCUCAUUUCCAGUGUGCAGAGUUUUUCGAAAGCAGCAGGUGUACCGUCUUUCUUCAUCUCAUUCAUAUUGGUUCCUCUGGCCACAAAUGCAAGAGGUGCAAGAGGAGCUAUUAAGGCGAUCAAAGGCGCCAGAAAUAAGAAGGCGCGAACCACUUCUCUAACAUUUUCCAAGAUCUAUGGAGAGGUGUUCAUGAGCAAUGUGCUUAGCUUCAGCGUCCUCUUGUUGCUGAUAUACGCUCGAAACUUGACAUGGGAAUUCUCUGCUGAAGUUCUUGUGGUGCUAAUAGUGUGUGGGGUGGUGGGUCUGACCGCAAGUUUCAGGUCAACCUUCCCAGUUUGGACAUCAAUCCUGGCUUACUUGUUGUACCCUCUGUCUCUUCUGUUGGUCUAUGUCCUUGAUGAUGUCCUCAAUUACUCCUAGGACUGUACACAUAGGUUGCUGCUUAAAGAUAUUUUGUUGCUAAUUUUGGUAUAAUUAGCUUAUUCCAGAUUGAUCAUUGAAGGUGUAAUUAUAAGUUUGGAGUCCAGACUGGUACCCAGAUGGUGCCUUGAACACUUAAGACUGAGAUAACCGUAAAAUAUCAAAAUAAAGAGGAUUUUCUCGAAGUUCCUUA